UUGGUGGUUUUUCUGAGCAGGAUGUUUUGGCUGCUACGUUCCCCACCCCCCGGGCGGACCCCCUAUAUCCUGGGGAUCGCCUUGUUGCUGUUCCUCCCUGCGAUCACCCUCCCCGGGGAAGCUACCGAUCCUGGAGCAAGCACCAACGUCAACGCUACCGACGCGCCAAGCAUGAAGGUCCUGCCGACCAUCAGAGUCAUUUCCGGGAACAAGGGUGAAACGAAUGUGCAGGACGGCAAGAACAUCACCUUCGAGCCGGGCGAACCCAGCGGCAACAUCUACUUCGGGGAAACUUGCAUGGACGACGUCAUCAAGGUGACCGAAAUGACGAAAAUGCUAAAUCAGGUUGGCUUUUCUACCCGUAAGCCGUAAGAGGCCGACUAAAGCCAGCAUGUGGAAAAUGAGUUCCACUGUUCUCAAGUAUAAUCCUGAACAGAGU